AAAGAUAUCAUUCUACUGCCUUCACAUACUCGUCAGAUUUAACUAUAGCUCAUCAUGUCUUUCAUCGUAGCCGCUUUCCGUCCCGCCGCUCGCAGCAUGGCUGCUGCGUACAUGACCCGCACUGGGGCUGUGUUUGCUACUCAGAAGACUGGCCUAGUAUCUACUCGAGGGUAUGCUGCCGCCGGCUUAACUCGCGAGGACGCGGAAAAGAGGGUGUUCCAUGUGCUGCAAAACUUCGACAAAGUAGACGCUUCCAAGGUGUCUACUGGAGCGCACUUCAUUAACGAUCUUGGUCUAGAUAGCCUCGACGUUGUGGAAGUUGUCAUUGCUUUCGAGGAGGAGUUCGCGAUGAAGAUUCCCGAUGCUGAGGCCGAGAAGAUCUUUACAGCUGAUGACGCUAUCAACUAUGUUUUGGCACACGAGUCAUAAAUUGUAUUCCAAUUCCAAUAGUUGUUCUCAAUAGUCGAGCCACUAUAUUUGUAAAAUGAAAGAUAUAUGGGC